AUAAAUGUGCUUUCUUACAGCUGGCCAUGUUCUCUUACUCAUCCUACGUGCUCACAGCAGUAGCCUCUUUGCUAGUGACUUGCCACGCACUAUGUAUCUGUCCAGAAACUUCUGGGCUACCUGGUAUCCCUGGACUUCUUCAAAGAGAUGAUCUGAAAGGACAGAAACAUCUAUCGGGUCUCCCUGUUUCUCAGAACAAGGAACCCAGCAAUGUUCUAUCAAAUUUGAAACUCCAACUUUCCAGACUUCAGAGAGUGCUUGCUUUGACUGGGAAAAUAAGAGAAGUGGGGUCGAAAAUAUUUGCCAGCAAUGGGAAAGCAGUUGAUUUUGCAUCUGCACUACAAUCCUGUGAAAAGGCUGGAGGAACUCUUGCAACUCCUGCAAAUGAGGAGGAGAAUAAAGCUAUUGCGGGUUUUGUGAGACAGUAUAAGCAAUAUGCUUACUUAGGCUUUAAACAGUGUGAGUCUUCAGGCCAGUUUAAACAUUUAAAUGGAAAGCCUCUGAAUUAUACCAAGUGGUAUCGGUAUGAGCCUAAUGGCAAAGGGAAAGAAAAAUGUGUAGAGAUGUACACUGAUGGGAGCUGGAAUGACAAAAGAUGUAACCUAUCUCGCCUCAUCAUCUGUGAGUUUUAAUGAAUGGCCUUUCGCCCACCUUGGAGCGUGGAGACAAUGAAAUAUCCUGUGUCUUAGGUUUAUGCAAUUUCUGCAAUUAUUUUAUGUCAGAAAAUCUAAAAUUAAUCAUGUUAUGGUAUGAUUAUCAUUAAGAAAAUGCCAGAUGUGGUAGGUGAUUAACUUAAUUAAAGUGUACCUAAUCUGA